AUGCAAGCUUCGUCAUCUCCAGCAGCCUUGCAGCAGCAGCAACAACAUGCCACAGACACAGUGUCAACAACAACAACAACGAAGACGACAUCAGCAACAAAGGCGUUGCAGAUGCCAGAACUGCUCCUCCAAAUUGGACCACACCUCACGGUCCCCAUUCUGGCUCGUUGCAUCCGUGUCUGCAAAGCAUGGCAUCACCUCUUUGAGCCCCUUCUCUGGCAAACCUUCGAGUUCCCGGCCGCCGAACCAAUAUUUGGCGCGUCUCCAACAAGACUGCAACCGAAUCCAGAUCAGGUCCGCAGGAUGGCGUCGCGGAUUCAGCGAUUGAUGUUUUACAAGGAUCCUAAAACUUCUAGGUCGCCUUCAUUCGAGUACCUCAUCACCGAGUUGCUACUCCCCGACAACAAUGACGACGAGGGAACAAGGAGUCAAGACCAACUGACCCGCCUCGACGUGUUUUUCACGAUCCCCGCGGUUGACACGCUUCUGCGACAGAACCAACGGUCGUUGAGACGAUUGGGGAUCACGUCAAAUAUGUACACCCCGGAGGUUGCGUACUUGGCGAGAGAGGUGUUGACAGAGAGGAUUUUAGGGAUGGAUCGGUUGGAAGAGUUGUCGUUGAUGAGGUUUCAUAUCCCGCAGGGACCUCAGGGGGUGGCAUUUCUGGAGACUUUUCUGGUGGAAGGUCAGGAGCAGAUGAAUCUGUGGAAGGCGUGUACACACGUCGAGGAUCUGACCUGGGUUUGGACACGACAGCCAUCCGGUUUGGAUUUCCCGAUCACCGAGGUGUGUGAACACCUUGCCAGACCUUCGUCCCUGUCGAUGGUCCAGUCUCUUGCCCGGCUGGAACUCAACACCAAGACGGUCACCGACAAGGAGUUUUCGCGAUUGUUGGAGCUGCUUCCUAACCUACAGCGUGUGGCCGUCAACGGUACUCGAUUUGGACCCCUUGCCCUGGCGACCCUUCUUGGGAAUGCACACCGUCAGAGUCGUUUUAUGCUAGCCAGGAGAUCCCGCUACAGGAUCGCCCAUGGGUGUGCUCAGAUCUAA